UCUAUGUCACUUCUCAGGAGACUUCCCUUUUUAAUAAGAGCAGCCAAAUACACCCUGCUGCUGAAAUUCCACUUUUGAAGGAGGGAUUAGAAAGCUUCCCUCCUGCAUUCCCUCUAGUGCCCCCUUUUCAGGAACCUAUAGCACUUAAAGGCCAAUGUCAAUGUCAGUAAACCUAUCCCCAGGAGCUACAGUGGAAAAAAGCACUGGGUUAGGUUGCUCUGAGUGUCUCUGAAAUACUUCAUUGCCUCUCAAAACGAAAAGCCCACACUCAGGAAUCAGCUGGAACCUGGCCGGCAACAGACAUCAAGAGAACCGUUCACUUGAAAAAUAAAUAAGAAGCUGUUGUCUAAAUCAAGAUGUUUAAAAUACGUAAAGCUAAAGAGGAGCAGCCAACUGCUCCAGGGCAGGUGAGAAUUAAAAAGAAGUCAAGUGUGCCCGGAGUUAUGAUCACGCAGUAUGUGGAAGAACUACCUGAAGGCAUGGCCACCCCAGAUUUCACUCGGAAACCCAUUGCUCUAACUAUUCAAGAAGGAAAAUGUGCAGUCUUCAGAGCAGUCAUUACUGGCAAACCAACACCGACUGUGACCUGGGUGAGAAAUAAUGGAGAAAUUGAUGACGAAAGGUGGAAAAUGGUCCAUGAUACAAAUUCUGAUGAAUACCAACUACAGAUGCCUGAUGUAACGGCGGAUCAAGCUGAUACCUACAAGUGUUUUGCCAAAAAUGAAUAUGGAAAAGCGGUUGUAACUGCUACGCUUAAUAUUAUUGAGGUUGGCUUUAAGAAGACCCGAGCCAUGCAGGAAACAAGAACAGCUGUUCGACAGACACCUGAGGACUUCAAAAAGGCCUUAAAAAAUAAGGUUGACCCUGUCGUAAAAGAAGAGAAGAAACCGGAAAUUGAUGAACGUUUUUGGGAACUGUUGAUGAGUGCAGACAAGAAAGAUUAUGAGUCCAUCUGUGCUCAGUAUGGUGUCACUGAUUUUCGUGGGAUGCUAAAAAAACUAAGUGAGAAGAAGAUGGAAAGGGAGCAAGAGCAAGAAAAGGUUGUUGAAAGACUAUGCAACCUAAAGCCCAUUGAAUUGAAAGGUGAUGGUGAUGCAGAGUUUGAACUUGAAAUGACACUGAAAGACCCUACAAGCAAAAUCUUCAUAUUCAAGGAUGGAGUUAUGAUUCCGUAUGAUAUGGAUACAGAAGUAAAACAUGGACUGAAGCAAGUGGGAAAGAAGUUUGUGUUUAGCAUCAAUGGUGUUGACCCAGACGAUGCAGGAUUAUACCAAGUGGAGGUUGAUGGAGUUAAGAUCUUCUCAACUGACUUCAAACUUCCCCCUGUGGAGUUCUUGGUCAAGAUUCAAGAUGUGAAAGCAGAGGAAAGAGAAGACGCCGUGUUUGAGUGUGUCAUCUCACAUCCCUUGAAAAAGAUAAAUUGGACGGGAAAGAGUGCCCCAGUAGAGCAAGGAGACAAGUAUGACAUCAUUGUGUCAGAAGACAUGCUGAUUCACACAUUGGUGGUGAAGGACUGCAAGCUAUUGGACAAAGGAAUUUAUGCGGCUGUGACUGGACAAAACUCUUGCAAUGCCUGGCUUAUAGUGGAAGCUGACAGUGAACCAACCACAAAAGGAAAGAAGAAAGCUCGCAAAACAACCAGAGCAGGUGGUGGUGGAGCCGAACUUUUGAAGAUUGCUGAGGAGCAACGUGCUAAGGUACAGAAAGAUAGGGAGGAGUUGAUUGCAAGGGCAAAGGCGGAGGCAGAAGCAGCAGCUGCUGCAGCUGCAGCUGAGAAGGCGGAAAGAGAAGCCAAAGCUAAAGCCGAAGCAGAAGCCAAAGCAAAGGCAAAGGCAAAUGAAAAGGUAAAGGCGGAAGCUGGAGAAUGCGCAGAUAAAGCAGAAGCAACCACAGUUGAGGAGGAAGAGGAUAAAGAUGACAAAGAAGAUGGUGCAGCAUCAUCAGAACCCAUGGAAAAGGUACAAGCAAAGGAGGGAGAGGCAUCUGCUGAAGAUGCUGAAGAAGGGGAGACUGUUCAAGAGAAAAGAAAGCGAGUGCGAGCAGGCCCACUUGUCCCUGAAACAGUCAUUGACCCAGGAGUAUACUUCACCAGCGCACUGUCAGAUGUAACCGCAAUCAUUGGUAGUGAUGCAGAACUGGUCUGCCAGCUGAGCAGUGAGGACUGGGAUGCAGCCUGGUACAAAAAUGGGAAUGAGAUAACAGCUACAGAUGAUAUCUGUAUUGUUAAAGAUGGGACCUACCGCAAACUAAUUAUUAAGAACUGCAAAGAAGAGGAUUCUGGAAAGUACCGAUGUGAAGCUGAUGGGCGUAAAACAGAAGCUGCGUUAACUGUUGAAGAUCCUCCAAGAAUUAACGCAGAUGACCUCACAGAGUUCAUAAAACCUGUCAUAAUCAAAACUGGGAAAGAUGCAGCCUUCAAGCUAUCCUUUGUUGGCCGGGAGCCCAUGAAGAUCCAGUGGUAUAACGACGGUGAAGAGCUGUUGGAGGACAACCAUAUCAAAAUCGAAAAAUCUUCCUCACACAGCCGCCUGCUGCUAACCAAGUGCCAACGCAAAACCACAGGAGAAAUUAAGAUCAAGAUUAAAAAUGAAUGUGGAACAACUGAGGCCAUCUCUCAGCUCAUUGUGUUAGAUAUACCAACACCACCCCUUGGCCCUGUGGAUAUCAUUGAAAGUUCGGCGGCUUGCAUUGACUUCAAAUGGAGGGUUCCCAAAGACAACGGCGGUUCCUCUAUCACAGACUACAUCCUGGAGCGCCAACAAAUUGGCCGAAACAGCUGGAAAAAAUUAGGCAAGAUUGGCCCAGAGGCUAAAUACAGGGACAUUGAUGUGGAUCAUGGAAGAAAGUACUGCUACCACAUCAGGGCGGAAACCGAUCAAGGCAUCAGUGAAAUGAUGGAAACGGAUGACAUUCAGGCAGGGACAAAGGCCUACCCUGGACCUCCUUCUACGCCAAAGAUUAUUAGUGCUUUCAAAGACUGUAUCAAUCUUGCUUGGUCUGCACCCACUAAUACUGGAGGAACCAACAUUUUGGGAUACAACAUAGAGAAACGGAAGAAAGGCAGUAAUCUGUGGGGCUAUGUCAACCCACUCGAUGAGCCCAUCAAAGAGAAAAAGUAUGCAGUGAAGGAUGUUGUGGAAGGCAUUGAGUAUGAGUUCCGUGUAUCAGCUAUCAACAUUUCUGGUGCGGGAGAGCCAAGUUCGCCUUCUGAAUUUGUGUUUGCAAGAGAUCCAAAAAAGCCCCCUGGUAAAGUUAUUGACCUGAAGGUGACAGACUCCACAUACUCCACUUUAUCGCUGGGCUGGUCCAAACCCACGGAGGAAGAAGCGGUCAAAGACGAGGCUAAAGGAUACUUUGUGGAGCUCAGACCAGCAGAAAACCCGGAAUGGGGUCGCUGUAACUCCAAUGCUAUCAUUAUGUCCUCCUAUACUAUUAUGGGUCUAAAGUCUAUGGCCAUGUACUGGGUAAGAGUUGUAGCCACCAAUGAGGGUGGAGACGGUGAGCCUCAAGAAUUGGACAACUACAUCAUUGCAAUGCCUCCUCCAGUACGGCCACAAUUUACUGACAAAAAAAUGAAGAACUUUGUGGUAAUGAAAGCUGGGAAUUCUGCUCGGAUCAACUUCAACUUUAAGGCCUCGCCAAUACCAGCUAUCAAAUGGCUCAAGGACGGUCAUUCUGUUCCCAAGCAUGUGACAGUGAGCAACACAGACACGUCAUCGCAGUUAAUGAUCCCCUCCUCAGAGCGCCAUGACACUGGGGUCUACACAAUCAUUGUCAAAAACCUUGUCGGUCAGGAGACCUCUAGUGUUGAGAUAAGAGUCACAGAUGACCCCAAGCCUCCAGGCCCUGUGGAGCUGGAGGAGAACGUGUCGGGAACAGUGACGAUCUCCUGGACUCCCUCUCCGGAUGAGACGAAAGACGACCGGCUGCACUACAUGAUCACCAAGCACGAUUCUGUUAAGCGAAACUGGCAGACUGUGGCAGACCGUCUCUUCAAUAACAAGUUCACGGUCAUCAACAUCAUGCCGGGAAGGGAGUAUAAGUUCCGGGUCUAUACCAAGAAUGACAUGGGGAUUUCCGAGCCCACUGAGUCCGCCAUCUGGGAAGUGAAGAGAAAAACAGAAACCUUUUCUCUGAACCUUCCUGUCUCUAAAAACUGCAACUUUGAGACCCCUCCCUCAUUCUCUGUUCCACUGAAAAUGCACAAAAGUCCAGAGAGCUACGAGUGCUACAUGAGCUGUGCAGUGACAGGAAACCCCAAACCUUAUGUUACCUGGUACAAGAAUAACAUUAGCCUCAACACCAACACUAACUACUACAUCACUAACACAUGUGGGGUCUGUUCUAUGGUGAUACUCCGAGUUGGGGCCAAGGACAGUGGGGAUUACACAGUCACUGCAGAAAACACUCUGGGCAGAGUAGAGUGUUCAACUAAACUUGUUGUUGAAGAUUAGGAUGAUGCAGCUGGCCUUAACUCCUGAAGAUGCCUGUUCUAUUUAAAGUAUUGAAUAUAAAGGAUUUGCCAUUUUGCCAACGGCGGAGAAGAAAAAAAACAGAAACAGAAAAGCUCUUGAUGACUAUCCACAAAUGUUUUCAAGCACCAUUAACAAAUGAGACAGAUUUAAAUUGUGAAACUUGAUUUUUUUUGUAAUUGAGUGCAAAGUUUAUGAAUGUAUUUAAAGUCAAUUUAUCUAGUGGAUGCAAAGAAGACACAUCCCAGAUUCAACAAUAAUGAUAUGCUAAUCUCGCACCCAAACGGGUUAUUGCUCACCUUUAAUUUUUUUCCCUGAGCUGUAAUUAUAGUUUCCUCUGCUGUGUUCUGAGUAAGAGAAAAUGAGCUGUCUUCUCUGAAGUUCUUACCUCAUGGGAAAUUGAAGAUAUGACAAUAUGUCUAACUGAGUAUGUCUUAGUGUUUGUAUGUCAAGUAUUAUCAAUCACUGUGCCAAAAUAAAUAAAUCUUUCCCUGUGCAACAGUGAA